CAGUCAUACACACACGCAUACCCCUAACACGGUCUCCUGGCUGCUGCUGCUGGUACUGGAACCUGGAGGGGAGGGCAGCAUUGAUGCCUCGGCUUGGACCUGUUCUCCUUACCGGGCCUCCUGCGCUGAGAGAAUGAGAGGAUGGCCGAUAAGCGGUGCGGGGACCACGGAGGGCUGACGGAUGCUGCUGCGGCGGCUCACCGGGAUGAGCAGCAGCAUCACAACACGAUGAAUUCACCGGAGGAAGCGGGAGCGAUCGAGGCUCUCUCUCUGGAGGAGAUACUGAGGCUUUACGGCCAGCCCAUCAACGAAGAGCAGGCAUGGGCGGUGUGUUAUCAGUGCUGUAGGACGCUGGCGAAGGAGCACCGGGGCAGGAGGAGCUCCUCCGCCGCCGCUGGAGCAUCCUCCGCGACUCCAAUGAGGAUUUGCGGAGCGGGGGAUGUAAGGAUACAGAAAGACGGUUCUGUGAGGGUGGAUCACCAGGGCUGUGAAGGUAAAUACAGCCCAUGCACAACAACAGAGGUGAUUGAGUCUUUGGGCAUCAUGAUCUACAAGGCUCUGGAUUAUGGACUGAAGGAGAAUGAGGAGAGGGAGCUCAGCCCCCCUCUGGAGCAGCUCAUCGACCUCAUGACCAACAUGGCCGAGGCUGAGAGGGACGCCUGCCCCGACGAAGGCUAUGAGGCAACAGAGGAAGAGGAUGAGCCGGAGGAUGACCCUGACAACAUCUGCAGCGUCCACGGCUACAGAGAUAUCCUUGAGCUGUGCACAUCUCACCUACCCAGUCUCUCCGACGUCCCCGGUCACUACCAGGCCGUGUGCCGGGCUCUGUACACAGAAACCAGGGAGCUGGGUACUUUCCUGGAGAAGAUCAGAAGUGCCAAAGAGAACCUCCGUAAGAUGGAGGAAGGGUCAUCAGAGGGGCCUGGCAGAGACCUGAAUGAGCUACAGAACGAUGACUGGGCUCGGUUCUGGGUUCAGGUAAUGAGGGACCUGCGUGAAGGAGUCAAGCUGAAGAAGGUGCAGGAGCGUCAGUACGACCCUCUGCCCAUUGAGUUCCAGCUCACACCCUAUGAGAUGCUCAUGGAUGACAUCAGGUCCAAACGCUACAAACUGCGCAAAGUCAUGAUAAAUGGAAACAUCCCACCCAGGUUAAAGAAGAGCGCACAUGAAGUCAUCUUGGAGUUCAUCAGGUCCAGACCACCUCUCAACCCUGUGUCGGCUCGCAAGCUGAAGCCGCAGACUCAGCUUCCUCCGACACUGCAUGAGCGGAUCUUGGAGGAAAUCAAAUCAGAGAGGAAACUCCGACCUGUGUCGCCUGGUGAGAUGCGCAGGGGCAGGCUGGGUUUUGGCAAAACUCGCAGUAUGCCACAGGAUUUGUUCCGUACUGGAGUAGAUGAGUUUAGUCCGUACAUGGGCAGAAGGACGUCCAGCACUCUGUCUCUGACCAACGGGUCGACAUCUUCAAGGGGAGAACCCUCCGGAUCCCAGUCUGUACCUCAGAGGAAGAGGCUCCUGAAGGCCCCCAGCCUCGCCGAGCUGGACAGCUCUGACUCUGACGAUGACAUGUUUGGGCGGAAAUCAGCCAGCAGCUCCAGUGUGGCUACGUCUUUGAUGGAUGAUACAUCCCCAGAGUGUCCUGUGGGGAAGAAAACUCCCCCUAUGUUCCUACCCAUCUCGUCUACACCCCAGCCAGAGAGGCGAAAGACCCCUCAGAGGAGACACUCCAUUGAAAAAGAAACCCCGACAAAUGUCCGACUGUUUCAGCCGCCUUCUAAAAAGAGCUCCAAGUCUCUGGAGGAGUUCUGCUUCCCGGUGGAGUGUCUGUCUCUGACGGUGGAGGAGGUGAUGCACAUCAGACAGGUGCUGGUUAAAGCAGAGUUGGAAAAGUUCCAGCAGUACAAAGAGGUCUACAACGCCAUGAAGAAGGGAAAGCUCUGCUUCUGUUGUCGAACAAAAAGGUUUUCCCUGUUCACCUGGUCCUACGUCUGCCAGUUUUGCAAAAAGCCUGUGUGUGCACAGUGCUGCAAAAAGAUGCGGCUGCCGUCCAAACCUUAUUCCAGCUUGCCCAUCUACUCCAUUGGCUCGACCAACACCCUCCCCAGGGAUAGGGUGAAUGCCAUGGCUGCCGUAGGACAAGGACUCUCUGUGGCUGGAGGGCCGGGGCCGUCAGCAGCAGGAGGGGCCACAGCGCCUCCGACUUUGAAAGCAGAAAAAAAGGGGGCAUCUAAAGGACUUGGAAAAGCGUCUGGAGCUACCGCUACUGCCAAACCAGAGAAGUCCUCCAGUAGCCCGCAGCGCCACGGCCUUCAGAAGACCAUAUCCAAGUUCUCCAAGCACGGCUCUCUAAAGUCUCAUGAGGAACUGGAGCUGCCCUCAGAGCUGACGGAGGACUGGGCCACCAUGGAGGUGUGUGUGGACUGCAAGAAGUUCAUCACUGACAUUAUCGCCUCCAGCAAGCACAGCCUGUCACUGGCCACCAAGAGAGCUCGCCUAAAACGCAAGACCCAGUCCUUCUACAUGUCCUCUCCAAAAGGACAGGAGGAGUACCGGCCGUCUGAAAGGACAAUCAAGGAGAUCUGAAACUCCUCCUUUCUCUGUCUCUGGCUCCUUCCAGCUCCUUUGGCACAAUUAGAAACACUCAGCACUGGGUAUGAUCUUACUGUACGUGUAUACUCAGAUUUGGACCUUGGUGGUGGACAGUGUGGUGUUUGUCGCUGUGUUCUGAUCGUCGUAAAUAGCUCUUUCAGACAGCAGCAUACAGUUGUUUUCUACCAUAUCAUAGAUGAUCCUUUAAUCUUUGGCCACAGACUUUUGAAGUGACAAUUACUUCAAUAACUGGGUGGUCCAACCCAACUCACAUUCAAAUCUUUAAGCACAAGACUGAAAAAGGACUAUUUGCCCUGCAGAGAGACUUUAGUAUAACUGGGAGUGACCCUAUGGAAUACCAAACUGUAAUUUUUUUUUGACAUGUGUGUUUACGGUAAACGAUUGUUCGAUGAAGUCACGUUUUAUUUUUGCUGAUGAUGAUCAUUGAGACUCCUCCCACUUUCCUCUUUGCAAAGCAUAUUUGAAAGCAUGUUUUCAGAAAAAAAGAAUCCCAUUUUUUGCAUCACAAUUAAAGCACAUGAUCUGUUUUCAAGCUAAUUUAGUGCCAAAUGAUAACAGCUUUCUUAUCCAUGUCACCCAAAAAAAGAUGGGCUGUUUACAAGAUGAGACAACCUGGGCCCCUGAAAAUCUGGUUUUAAAUCUCAAUAUCUCAAAUUGAAUAGUCAAAACUAGAUGCUAAUAAUAGUACUAAUGCUAAGCUAAUCAGCACUGUGUGCGCAAGAUUUAAUCACAAAGGACUUGCACUUUGAUAAAGUAAUAAGGCUUAUUCUAAAAAGAAUAGUGAAGCUGCAGAGAUGUUGUUUCUCCUUUGUGUGUGUUUGUCUGUCUCCAUCAGUUCUUAUCUGGGUCACGGUUAAAAACAUUUCCCAUGAUGCAACUCCACUUUUAUUAAUACGUUCCAGUCUGGUAAAUAAACACAUCUUCCAAACUCCACAGCCCCAGUUGGGGAGCAACACCGACGUAAAUUAACAGAUGUAAAUGUUGUUGUAAUAUUUGACCAUAUUACUACUAGUAGAGAAGCAGAUUGAAAAAUGUUUUUAGGGUCUUUAAAGCACAUUUAACCUACUGUCCAUUCGUAUGCAACUAACUACAAUAACUGAGAGUAAAGCAGCUAUAGCAACAUUUUUACUUUCUGUUCCAUGUGUCAAAAUGUUCCGUUGUGCCAUGUCUUGAUUUAAAUGAAAUAUCUGCAUAGUUUUUAGCAUUAUCUUUGCGUUGAUAAAUAUAUAGUAUGUAUUACAGUGUUUUUCUUUACAUUCAUUAUUUGUAUUGUGUAAGGAUUAGUCAUACUUAACACCUCAUGUUUUUGUACAGAUGCACAGUUCACUGUACAGGCUUCAGCAAAAAGAAACAUACUGUAAGUCUCAAUAUAAUGCCUUUAUGAUUUCCCUCCCUCAUUCAGAGUCUCAUUACUGGUCUGGAUGUCUAUUUUAUUCUUUACAACACUCUUCAUUAAUAUAUAUUUCUGCCUUAACAACUGCCUUUUUUUUUACUAUCACACUCACAUAUUGAACAGUCAUCUACUGUACCUGUACAUACUUUGUUUGUAAAGGUUUGUUUGUUUGUAGGUCAGGUGUGUUGCCUCGAUGGUGUCAUGGCAUUGAGAUCUGUGUCUCUGAGAGGGGAACUCUCCCAGUACAGUAGGGUGUUCAGGGCAGAGUCCACAGUGUGACUGCAUCAUGCAUGUACUACGGUGUAGCUUGUACCCUCAGUCUGUAUUACCUUUAAGCUGUAACUCCCUGCGGAGAGUGCAACAAAUGAUGACUACAACAAUAAACUGUAAUGCAAUACCUUA